AUGACGGACUGGAUUCGACUUUUACCCCCCGAAGUAGUCCUACAGAUACUAUCAAAUCUUUCCUUCAAUGACCUACUUGCAUUCGGUGCUACCAGUCGUAUGAACAACGAAUAUCACAUAGCUAGUCUUAGACGCUUAAGACUAGGCGUAUUUGAGAAACGAGUGCAUUCGAUAAUAUCUCUGCUUCAGGCGGGAUGGGCUAGCCCUGAACAACUGGGCAGUGCCUGGGUGGAUAACGAGACCGAGCACAACUAUACGAUUUCCAUCGUCCAGCACCAAAAAAGGGCGAUAAAACAAUGGCCAUUGCGCAGAGACCUUCGUCAGAUUAUCAACCCGGACCAACAAAUCCUGACGCAGCAUGACAGACCUCAGACACAAGAACGAAUGAUCCGCCUACAAAACCAGAUAUUUGCCAGAGUUCUGCAGCGAUACGGACGUUCGCUACGAAACCUCGAGUUCAUGGCAUAUGAUCUUAACCUAGAGGGCGCAACUGCGCUGGGGUCGUAUUGCCAACAUACUCUCCGCUCACUCGCUCUGAGAUUCGAGCACCCGCAUAUCCGAGAUGGAGUGAUGCGUCCAAGUAUAUGGCUGCAUCCUGCCCCUGCUAACGAGGGAUGGAACUCGUUGAUUGGAGUUGGUAGGACAAAGAAUAUCGGACUAUGUAAUCUCGAGUGCUUGAUCUUGGAGCGAGCAGGGAUAACACCGUGGCAACUGAUGAUGCUCGUGAAGAGGAACCCUAGCUUGACGACCCUAAAGCUGAGGACUUGUCGAGGCGCGACACCUGAAUUCCUCUACUGGCUCGGCGGUUUAAACAGCGACUUGGAUGAUUCCGAAACUCGGCUUGAUGGUCCAGCGCCUGGAGCAGACCUUGAAGUUCUUGCAUUGGAGCAUUGCCAUCGACUACUGGAGCACCCCAUUGACGAAUGCAACCAUCAGUCGUACGGAGAGCUGGACUCCGGUUUCGAAUGGGUGAGAAGUCUGAGUAAUCUUCGGUCAUUAUCAUUUAGCGAAAGCACACAUAUCCCAUCAAAGCUGAUCGAUCGAGCAAACAAGAUCAUCUGGAAGAUUCCAGAAGUCAUCCUGCCCUAUGACCCCUAUGAUGGAAACACACCCAUUGCAGUGGAUCCGAGGUGGAAGUGA